AUGGAUCUGUGGAAUGUCCAUGAGAUAGAUGAUGUAACGUUGAGCCAGAUUGCAGACUUUAUUGAGGCUGAAUCAAAUUUUGAAAAUCUGUCCUUUAGUGAGAAUGAUUUCCUUGACAUUGACAUUGAUUUCGGAGAUUUUGAUGCAUUGCCAAUGGAAAAUAUUACAAGUUCUGAUGUGAAUACAAUGAUGGUAGACUUGAAAUCAAGUACUGAUCAAGCUUGUGAUAUUAAAACCGGAAGUUCCAAAAUCAAAGUAGAUACAGAGAAUUCUGAUGUGAAGUUAUGUCCGUCGCGCUUCGGAGAUCUAAAAGAGGAAGAGGACAUAAAUCGUCUCAUCAAGGAUACUGAGAGUAAAAAUACGAGGAAAAACUCAAAUUGGAGUAAGAAAACAUUCGAUGAAUGGCGAGAGUUCCGAACAAGCCAGACAAACGUGCCUAUACCUGAGAUUGAGAAUUUUAAAGAAAAUGAUGUAAAUGUAUGGAUGAACAAAUUCGUACUUGAAGCUAGACGCAAGGAUGGAGCACCUUUGAGUGCGAGAAUGGCUGAGUUAACAAAACAGGGUGUUGGUACAGUAUCGCGUCAGGCGGACCCCAUAUCACGCGACAACGAGGAGGAACUCUGGUCAAAGGGAGUAUUUGGAUCAUGA